AUGCUAGUAGGUGUAAACCUGUGUGCCUGUUCCCCAGGUGAGGAGCGGCUCAAACAGCGUCUGUCUCGAAGCGAGCGGCUGACUGCGAAACGCAGCAUCCCGCAAGCUACACCUAAGGUGGCAGACCCAUCAGCCGAAUGUAGGUUUUGCGACCCCGGACCUCAUUCUGUUACCGGGGACUCACCGUGCGUCGAUCAGCAAUCAUAUCGAUCUACCGCAAUCAAUGCAUUGCACUUCCAAUGUAUCCGGCUGAUAAAGCCUGCAAACAAACAUCGUGCAAACAUGAAGCUGCUUCCAAUCGUUCUCGCCAUCGUUGGCGUUUGUGUGGCGGAAAGAAUUCCGGAGGCUCGCAUGAUGGGCGGCACCAACGCCGCCUGGGGUCAGUUUGGAUCUACGGUUUCAAUUACGACCCCCUUCCUGCUGCACUGCGGUGGAGUGAUCGUAGACCGGCAACAUGUGUUGACUUCCGCCCAGUGUGUCCUGAAUACACAAAAUCGUCUGAUCGAUCCGUACUGGUUGUCGAUUGUUGCUGGAGAUAUUGCACUCGCACCUAUCGGUGCCCGGCGACAGACCCGGCGCGUUUCCCACAUUUUUGUCCACCCUCAGUUUAAUGUGUUUACACAGGAAAAUGAUUUGGCCGUACUGCGUUUGGAUCGUCCUUAUGAUUUACCAUCGAAUACGAUUGAUAUAGCUCGACGGGCAACCAGAAUCACUCCGUCUGGGCAAGCUUGUCAGUUUGCCGGCUGGGGAGCGACGGGAGCCCUGAUGACUGAGGUUAAUGUAUUGCAACGCUUUCUGCCGAUAACCGUCAACGAUCGGGACCUUUGCAAUCAGCCAGCGAACCACGCUGGCCGCGUCCGAGAGACGAUGAUCUGCGCCGGCAAUGUGGGUGCUUCCACGGGGGCUGCCCCGUGCAAUGGAAACCUCGGAACGGGCCUGUACUGCAACCGGCAGCUGGUGGGAAUUCUGUCCUUUGGCGUAAACUGUGGCAACGCCAACAAUCCACCGGUGUUCACGCAGGUUCGCAACUACGACCGCUGGAUCGUGCAGCAGUUCAAUCAAACCCAGGGGCUGCCACCGAACUGGACGCCGGCUGUGCUUUGA